UCUUCUCCGAAGCGUUACAUGUUUGCGAACAAAGCCUCACCUGCUGCACACGUUCGUUCCUAUAUUGGGCUUAGUGGACAGAGCGAAGUAGCGCAAGACAGCUAUUCGUUAUGCCAUUCCUUCCAGUAUUUUCACACACACCCCUCUUCCCACGUCACACAUGCUUCCUUCAGCUAAGACUUCGACUAAAUCCUCAUGCUUGCCUUGUAUCACAUCAUCCCCUAAUUCCCCGCCACUCUUUAUCUACCCUAUUCCCCUUUGCCUGUAAUGUGUCUUUUUUUUUUUUUCUUUCUUUUUCCUAUUUUUUCAUUUCUUUUCGCCUGUUAAAGAAUUAGAAAAUGCAUGUCACGGAUCAACGGAGAUAAUGAUCUGUCGCUAGUGCUGAUACCUAAUAGACUUUCAGCUUCAUGACCUAAAUGCUUGAUUGCUUG